ACUAGAUGGCCGGCCAAGAUGGCGGCGCUGUGCGAGCGUAGCAUCUGCGUUUCUGGGAGCUUCGCUCUGCGCGUGGCUUAAGCCUGUGGGUGUAGAGGUCUAACCCAGACUGGUAGGGAUCUUGACUUCAGAGAUGGCUCUGAGUAAAUCAAUGCAUGCAAGAAAUAGAUACAAGGACAAACCUCCUGACUUCGCAUAUCUGGCAUCCAAAUACCCAGAUUUUAAGCAGCAUGUUCAGUUAAAUCUGAAUGGAAGAGUGAGUCUUAAUUUUAAAGACCCUGAAGCAGUGAGAGCUCUAACUUGUACUCUCCUAAGGGAAGAUUUUGGACUUUCAAUUGAUAUUCCGUUGGAGAGGCUAAUUCCCACAGUUCCCUUGAGACUCAACUAUAUUCAUUGGGUAGAAGAUCUGAUAGGUCAUCAAGACUCUGACAAAAGUACUCUCCGAAGAGGAAUUGACAUAGGUACUGGAGCAUCCUGCAUCUAUCCUUUACUUGGAACAACCUUAAAUGGCUGGUAUUUUCUUGCUACUGAAGUAGAUGAUAUGUGCUUCAACUAUGCAAAGAAAAAUGUGGAGCAGAAUAACUUAUCUGAUCUCAUAAAAGUGGUGAAAGUACCACAGAAGACACUCCUGAUGGAUGCUCUUAAAGAAGAAUCUGAGAUAAUCUAUGACUUUUGUAUGUGUAACCCUCCCUUUUUUGCGAAUCAGUUGGAAGCCAAGGGAGUAAACUCUCGAAAUCCUCGAAGACCUCCACCUAGUUCUGUAAAUACGGGCGGUAUCACAGAGAUCAUGGCAGAAGGAGGUGAAUUAGAAUUUGUUAAAAGGAUCAUCCAUGACAGUUUACAACUUAAAAAAAGACUCAGGUGGUAUAGCUGUAUGCUGGGAAAGAAAUGCAGCCUGGCUCCUCUGAAGGAAGAACUUCGUGUACAAGGGGUUCCUAAAGUCACAUACACUGAAUUCUGUCAAGGUCGGACAAUGAGAUGGGCUUUAGCUUGGAGUUUUUAUGAUGAUGUAACAGUACCAUCACCACCAAGUAAGCGAAGAAAAUUAGAGAAGCCAAGGAAACCCAUUACAUUUGUAGUGUUGGAGUCUGUGAUGAAAGAAUUAUCUCUCAAAGCCUCAUCCUUGGGUUCUGAGACAGUGGAAGGCAUAGUAGUUGUGACAACAUGGAUUGAAAAAAUUCUCACCGAUCUCAAGGUCCAACAUAAAAGAGUUCCCUGUGGAAAAGAGGAAGUUAGCCUUUUCCUAACAGCCAUAGAAAACUCCUGGAUUCAUUUAAGGAGAAAGAAAAGAGAACGAGUGAGACAAUUGAGAGAAGUUCCCCGAGCUCCUGAAGAUGUCAUUCAAGCCUUGGAAGAGAAAAAGUCUACUCCCAAAGAGUCUGGCAGUAGCCAAGAGUUGGCCAAGGGCCCCCCGGAGAGUGCCCUGUGUGGGCCUGCUCCACUGGAGGGCGAGCCUGUCACAGUUGAGGGCCACGGCCCAAACCAGGAUUUGCUUUCCCAGGAUGAAAACCCAGAAGUCAUGGAGGAUGAAAGGAGUGAGGAGAAGGGAGGGAUGGGGGCUUUGGAAAGUUGUAAAGGCUCUGGCAGUGGAUCCCAGGACCGAGAGACUUUUGAGCAGCUCAGCAGCCCAGUGUCUGAAAAAGGGAAUCAUCUCCAGAGAGUGGCUGGACAUUACCUAUUUAAGUGUUUGAUAAACAUUAAGAAGGAGGUGGAUGAUGCCUUAGUUGAAAUGCAUUGGGUUGAAGGCCAGAACAGGGAUUUGAUGAACCAGCUUUGUACCUAUAUACGAAAUCAAAUUUUCAGGCUUGUUGCUAGUUAACUCCAAUUUUUUUUUGCGUAGUUGGGAAGGUUUCUAUGUACAAAACAGUUUGCUUUGGAGUUACCAGUGGGGUAGCAAGAGGAAUUCUACCAUUGGUCCAUUGGUAGCAUUAUAUGGAAUUACCUUAAGAAAAAAAUGGAAACAAAUUAGUCCAUUUUAAAUAUUUGUAUUCUCCCCCUCGCCCCCUUUUUUUUUUUUUUUUUUUUUUUUUUAAGUUAUAGAGCAUUGUAGUAUGGCAGUUCAGGAAGAAUCGUGGUUGUCAACAUCAACAAAAACCAUCAGUAAACUUUUAAGGGAUUUAAACCUGACUUAAACUGACCACCUUGCCUUGAGACUGAUUCUCUGAAACUAAGAAGAUUGUUUUUGGAAUCUGGUCUGAGUUAGAACUGGGCAGAGCAUCAUGCUCACUCUUACCCAUUGUUCCUCCUUCAAGAAGGUGGAGUGGCUUUCCCAUCCUCCAAAUGGAGGCAGUGUAUCCCAAGACUGAAGACUUUCUGUGGGUACAUAUGAUUGGUUACCCCUGCAUCAAUCUUGAGAAAGGAACUGACCUAGAAGUAGGUGGUAGGAGAGAAAAUCCCUGCUAUUGCCAGGAAGAAGUAUUGGUGAGCACCUGGCUGUAUCACAUACCUGACUCAUCUCUGUUUUAGUGUUCCUUAUUUCAGAAACAGAAUUAAGUAAGCAAAACUCCCAGAUGUAUUUGAAAUACAACAGAAUGAAACCAUACCCUUACCUCCACCCUGUCAAAAGUAUCAUUUUGUAGCAAUUUUCCUGCUGUAUGACUUAAUUUGUUUUGACAUUUGAAGUGGAGAUCAGUUUUGUUUUUAAUAUGAGAGUAUUGGAAUUGAAAACUCUUAGUCCUUUUUGAAUCCAGGGGUAGAGGAAAUAUUUUUCUUGGCAUUGAAUAGGUAAUGAUCAGCGAUAAAAAAUAAGAAAUGAAGCAACAAGGGUGUGUGCUGUGGGUUGCUUAAGAAAGUUUCAUCAGUUGGCAGAUAAGUUGUAACUGAUCAAAUACUACUUUUUUCUGGGUUCUGUUGUAAUCUCCUUUGUUAAUGCUUAUCAUUAACAGAGAGUACUGAGGCCAAGGAAAUCAUGUUCUUAAAACAUGUUUUUAAUUGGCUUGUCAGAGCUCAACAGGAAUGCCUCUGGAAAAGGAAUUCCUUUUCUUACUCUCUUAGUCACUCUCUGCCAUGCUGACUUUCACAGCUUGAUUUUACACCAGCAGCCUAGGGUUCUGUUUAGACUGAAAUCUGAGUGUGGUACCAGAGUUCCUUGCCAUUUUCAAGGAAGCCUGGGAUUGAAUAGAUAAGCCACUUUGUUUUUUUUGAGAGGUGGCUAUCCGUUAGAACAGAAAGAUGAUGACUUGGCCAUAUCUUGGCAGCAGCUAGAGCUGACCUUAAACAAAGAUAAAAGAAAUGAAAAUAUUUCCCUGAAUAUUGGAGACAGGUGUAAAAAGAGAACAUGUGACCAGUCAGUGUUUAUAAACUAGCCCAUGCACCUUCCAAGAAUCCAUAAACCUCUGGCUCUGUGAGCAAGGUGUUCAAGCCCUCCCCUCCACCCUCGAAAUAAGGGUCUCUGUUUUAGAGAGGGAGUGUCACUAACCAGAUGAGGACUAAGAACCAUUGUACUCUACAACCUCUCAUUUGAUAGGAUGAGGAAACCAAUACCCAGGCGUACAUAGAACUGAGAUUCAAUCCAGGGCCCUGGAUUCCAUUGUAUGCGUGGAAUUAUAAUCUCUACCCACCUACACUGUACCAGCCGUGCUUGCCUAUCAUGACUAUCACGUUUUGAAUCAUGCUGAACCCAAAUCUAUUUUCUAUCUUAAUAAAAUUUGAGGAUGAUUGAGUUUAAGUAGCAACUAUUCAUUUGAUAAGUAGUCAAUAAGAAUUGUUUGCUUAAAAAAAAAAAAAAAGAAUUGUUUGCUUAUCUGACUAUAAAAGAAUGAAACUGUACCCUUACCUUGAUACCCAUGCUCAGUAGAUACUGGGAAAAUGAAAGCUGAAGGCAAAAACAGUAAUGAAAUCACUCUUAGCCUCAGUCUUCUCAUAUACAAGCACUGUUGGUAUUUCAGUGUUUCCUUCUAGUCUCUCUUUCUAUAGAUAGGGUGUGAGAGUGUGUGGACUUAACUUUGGUUGUACAAAUGCUAUAUGCUCGGUUUUACUUCAUUUUUUUUCAUUUAACCUUUUGUAUUUUUCCAGGUUAUAACAGUAGUAUAUUUAUUUACACUCCUUGCCUGUUGAAAAUGUUCUUUAGAUGUGAUGUUAGCCUUUGUUUAAUACUUAGAGAUUCCCAGAGAAUAUUCUGCAUAAUUAGAGGCAAGAAAGAUGUGUUAUUUCUCUAUGUGUUUCACUGCCUCAGGUUUAAGACUUGCUAUUAUGGAGGAUUUUUGUAGGUGUUACCCUAAUACUCUUAAAAUUAAAAAGGUAUGUGACAAGGGAAUUUUCUACUACUAGAACUAGGUACUAUCUUUUCAUUAGAUAUCUUCAUUUCCUUGCUGAAAAGAUUAGCUUAUUACUAUCUAAUGAGGGAGCCUUGAAAACAUUUUUUUAAAACAUUUAAAGGGCCUCCCUGGUGGCGCAAUGGGUUAAGUCCCAGCACUCUGAAACUAUCACCAGCCACUGCAGCAAGAGUUCGAUCCCCAGCCUGGGAGCUAACCCACAUGGCGCAGCAAACCUCUCCUGUGUCACCCAAUGUUCCCCUCAGCAGUGUAUUUCAGUCAGUCUGCCUGUUCUGCUCCCCACUCUGCCUCUGGUGAAUCCUCUCACCCCCCACACACCUCUGGCCUACACCCCAGCUCUUGUAUGCAUAAAUAAAUAAACUUAAAAAAAAAAACCUUUAAAAUUUCUUUUGGUUAUGCAUAUACUUUAUAAUGUGAUGCAAGACAACAUGCACCUCUGGGAUAGGGGAAAAGGAGCAGAACAGGUGAAUCUACUGAAAUACACUGCUGAGAGGAGCAGCGGACGAGACAGGAGAGGUCUGCUGCCCCAUGUGGGUUAACUCCCGGGCCAGGGAUCAAACUCAUGCCAUACUGCCUAGCAAUAGGUUAAUAGUCCUGAGACUUAACCCCUGCACCACUGGGAAAGCCCAGGAGUUAAAUAUUUAUGGUAUCAUUGUAAAUCCUUUUAUGUUCCCUGGCCUUGGCUUCUAUCUCUUGAUAAUGACUAAAGUAGGAACAGAAGUUAACUUGUUUUCCAAGGGGGACUAAAGUUUUGGUUCUUUGGAAUCUGCUUUGCUUCCAGCAAUUUGGUUCCUUCACUCUAUGUCCUUGCCCAAUAUAAUAGCAUCACCACUUGUCAGGGCUAGCAUCUCUGAGGUCAAGUUUCAGCUAAUCUUUUCUUUUUCUUUUUCUUUUUUUUUUUUAAGAUUUAUUUAUUUAUGCAUACAAGAACUGGGGCACAGAGGUGUGGGGGUGGUGGGUAUUCACCAGAGACAGAGUGGGGAACAGAACAGGCAGACUGAUCUAAGUACUGCUGAGGGGAGCAGCGGGCGAGACAGGAGAGGUCUGCUGCGCCAGCCGGGGAUCGAACUCGUGCUACAGUGGCUGCGGAUAGCUUCAUAGGUUGCGUCUUAACUCCUUGUGUCACCAGGGAGGCCCUAAUCUCUUUUUUUUUUUAAGAUUUAUUUAUUUAGUAGAAGAUCUGGGGUGUAAGCCAAAGGUGCUGGAGCAGAACAGGCAGAUUUCUAGUGAAAUCCACUGCCGAGGGGAGCAGCAGGAGAGACAGGAGAGGUCUAGUGCACCUUAUGUGGAUUAGCUCUCUUGCCAGUAUGGAACUCAGGCUGCCAUGGUGGGCCCAUCAUGGUGAUAAUGCUGAGACUUAACCCCUAAGCCACUGGGGAGGCCCUCAGCUAAUCUUAAGAGUUUAUGUUGAUGACUGAAAAUAUUAUAUUUUUUAAAACAUGAAACCUCUUGUCUUGGUGUAAUUCAAAGCUUUACCAUGUGAGCUUACCAGCUUCUACAUUCUGACAAGUAAUAAACUUCAGGGUGUGGAAAAGAUGCAAAAGAGCCUGUGGGAAAUCCAAAGCCUUUUAAAAGGGAAGAACCUGUCUGUCUGGCUUACACCAUAGCGUUUUUCUUUCUAGCCACACGGGGGCAUCUUUGGCUGUUGUAUCAAGUGCCUUAAUUGUGAGCACAUAAAAUGUGCCCUUGGUAUUUUCUUGAAAUAUCCACUAGCUACUCAUAUAAAUAUUUUCAUGUAAGCAAGUAUUUUCACAUAAAUAAAAUUUGGAAAAUAAUGGUAGGAAAAACGGGGGAAAAUCACCCCCUUUUUUUUUUUAAAUCUGGGCAUUGUCUUUCAGUGUUUCUAUGUUUAUGGUUCCAGUUGACUGUUUUUUCUUUCCACCUGUCCUGCUACUGUUGAGUAUAUCAUGUUGGGUUAGGUUGGGUCAGUACUUUGGAUCACUUUCUUACUGGUAUCUACUUAGUGAGGGUACUGGAGCGGGAAAUGUUUACUAAUCUUAAACAUUCAUUUUUCAAGGAUCUAUGUUUCAGGAAGAAUGAUUUAGAGAGCUUAAGGAAGAAAUUGGUUUUGAUAUUCUCUUGUCUUUUAAUUUUUGUUUUGGUGUAUUUUCCUGGCUAACAGGCAUGUGUGUUAAUAUGUGUUGUUCACAUCAAACAUUGGCACAGUUGGUUCUGUGUUGUGUAUAUAACAUAGGUUAGCUGGGUCUGGAUUCCCACAGGGAGUGUUUCUGUGUAGAACAUGUAUUAUUACUAAACCUGGGAGUGUGUGAAUUCAAGAAAUUCCAUUUACUCUUAUUUUUAUGGCACAGGACCAAUGUUAUGAGUCCAACAGAUUUGCACAUUAGGAGGAAGAAGGACCAAUUUGGAAAGCAAGGAUCCUGUGAAAGAAGGAAAGUCUCAAAGGUGCAACAGUUUUACAGCCAUCGAGGAGGUGGGAAAGUUCUGUGACCACAUCCUUUUUAGGGACAUCUUUUUUAGGAAAGUUGGUACUUAGGAGAUUGGAUCGAAGCAUGGACACUAAACCAGUAAAACCCAGAAGAGGCUUACUAGUGAGAAUGAGUUGACUUUUGCUUCUGGGAGCAGGGUAUUAUUGGGCCUGAACCUUUCUAUGCAAGUGCACAGAACCUCUUGGUGCCAGUGCCAGCAGUGUUAGAAAGCCCUGCUUAGGGCUCACUGUACUAGCAGCAGGGCUGCAAACACACACUAGAGAGAUCCUGCUCUGUUCUGGAAAGACAUUCAGAUUCUCUGCUGUGACUCACCCAAAUGACUAAAACAGCGGUUGGUUUUUUUAAUUGCUGGUUGGAACAGUUAAUGCUCCCUUUCGGAACAACUCAUGCUGCCUUUUGGAGGCUGAGCUUUUACUCUGGAGAUUAUGUUGUGACUGGGUGAAGGCCUUACACCUCUGAAUGAAUACCCCUUGAGGUAUAUAUAGCCUGUCAUCCUAUCUUAGUUGAGCCAGACACUUGAGGGACUCUACUUUCUUCAGGGAAGUGUAGGAUCAUGGGUCUGGGUUCUGGGUUAUGCAUAAUCCAGAAACACAUAGAAAAAGUAGACCAGAACCUGCAGAGGAACUUGGUAGAAUUAGCUUGUAUGUGAUAACUCUCAAAAGGGCAAGUGAUGUAUAAAUCCAAGAUGCUUUUCAAACCAUGCCAGGGGAAUGAAAAUCAGGAAACAAAGCUCAGACUUCACAGUUCAUCACAUCUGGGUUUACAUUCCAUUUCCACUUACAGGGUAAGUCAAUUUCACUUAGCUUUGGCUUCCCCAUAUAAGAGAUGAGAAAUAUUUAUUUCACAGAGUAAGCAGUUAAGUGAGAGAAGUACUUAAAUAGCUGGUAGGCAUCUCAACUUGCUUAUCUUUUAUUCUUUGAGUUCUCAGUUUCUGGUCAGAAAUCUACCAAUGACUCAAAUGAAAAAGCUGAUUCCACAAGUGUGCAUCUGCAGGUAUAGAGAGUCACUUACCAAUAAGAGCAAAAUCCAAGCUUCCAUGUAAUGGAGGAAUGAAUAGAGAACCGUUAUUGAUAUCUUGUGUAGAAAUCGUCUCAUUUGGUGCUCCUGCAAAAUUCUGAUGUCCCUGUUUGAUAACUUAAAGAAAUGAAAGCUCAAAAGCUUCAAUGUCUUGCCCUAAGGUUAUUCACAGUUAAGUCACAAGCAGGAUUUGAACUUAGCCCCAGUGAUCCAAGACUUGGAUCUUGUACCAAAUCUCAAGAUUCAUAGCAAGUGCUGUAGGUGGGUUAGAAAUGGACUCCAUUCUCAUUUGACCAACUUCUAGGGAAGGAGACUUCAAUUAUAUGACACAGGUAAGAGAGAAUAAGAAUCUCUCACAAACUUCACAAUUUAGAUUUUUUUCCAGCCUGUGAUCAAUGAGCAAGAUUUAGUAAGUGAAAUUGCUUAUAAUUAGUUUUUAAUUUAUGCUACCAAAUCUUUUUAGAAUUUUGUGUUUGGCAGUAGUGGAGAUAAUUAAGUAGUUAGUGAAACCACAAAAUAAAAUGUCUAGUGCAAGCACACGUUGGAUCAGAAUCAAUGUAAAAUAACAUAAUUAGGUAAUGACUCUUUGACAAUACAUAAUUGGGACUCUUUGACAAUACAUAAUUGAAUAGUAAAUGGAAGAGAGGUUUUAUUUUUUAAUAAUAGACUACUCAAAAUAUUUCACUUAUAGAACAAUACAAAAUUGAUGUGCUUUUUUAGAGAAGGUAGCAGUUGUCAGAAAAAUACGUCGUCUUUCCCCAGGUAGGUUGAAUGAACUCGUGUAAAACUGGAGAAAAGAAAAGGCUGCCUGCCAUCUGGUGGACCCAUUCAGGGAGUGUGGCCCGGGAGUCUAGAAACUAAAGCCAGGAAAUUCCCAGCUGAGGAAAUUGGCUGACUCCAGCAGCCCGUCAGCCCCCAGGGAAAUGGCAACCAGAGCUACUGCUGCCCAGAGAGAGAGAGAGAAGGCUAUCCAGAGAGCAGUGCUGAGUUGGACCCCCUCCUGCGUCAGUGGGUGAGCAAGGGCCUUCUCGCAGAUGUCUCUUAGUGGGAAAAGAGGAUUCUAGUCUGGUCUCACGUAGGUAGGAUCCUUAAUUCAGAUGUUUGCCACAGGAGUCACCCCUUUAAGGCCAGAUAUGGGAAUUCAUGGACCAAACUCUGGUCUGUAUUUUAGUGAAUUGUAGGUGAACACUAGCAAUGAUCCUAUUUGUUCUUUUCUCUAGUUGGCUGACCUCAUCGACUCAUACACUGUUCACCGAUAAUAUAUCCAUCAUAAACAAAUCUGGACCAUUCCUGAGCUCUCAGUUUCCACAUACCUAAUCACCUAUUGGUGGGGUGUCUUAAAUUCCACUGUGGGAAAAAAAAAUAUCCACUGUAGCUGUGUCAAACACAACUUAUUGUCUACUCCUGUUUCUCUCUUGUAUUCUGGAACACCAUCUACCUAGCUGUCCAGCUGGAACUCUGUACCUCCCUCUCCUCAAACCAGAGAGUAAAAUCUUCCACUUCAGAAAUAUCUCCAAAGUCCAGCCCAACUUCUGUGUCCCUAGUGCCAUUGUCUUAAGGCUUUUUCUCAUCACUUGCCUGGACAAAGGGUAGCCUGAUCUUCAAAGUUAAGCAGUGAGGGCCCUCCCUGGUGGCCUAGUGCUGUCACCGCUAAGGCCUGAAUUCGGUCCCCAGGCAGGGAACUAACCCACAUGUGGUGAGCAGACCUCUCCUGUCUUAGACAGUGCUCCCCUCAGCAGUAUAUUUUAGUAAAUCCACUGUUCUGCUCCCCACUCUGUCUCUGGUGAAUCCACCCCCCCACACCUCUGCCUACAUCCCAGUUCUGCUAUGAAAAAGUACAAAACAAAGCUAAGCCAUGAAGGAGCAAAUUUAGAUAGAUGGGGAAGGGGGAGUUGGAGAAAUCUGCUUCAUCUUUGGGAGUGAGGCGGGGUGAAACAUCUUCCAGAAGAAAGAUCAGGAUGGGAAGUAGACCCAUGGCAACAGGUCACAUUAGUUACGAUGAAGAGAAUGAGGCACUACCUGAUAAAGCACAGGAGAACUUUCCCCUUUCUUUCAUUUUACAAAAGUAAUGCAUUUGCCUAAGAACUUUGGAAAAAUAAAAAUUUACAGUUCUGCGCAUUUUUUUAUAUUUUGUUACUUUUAAAAUUUUUUAAAUGCAUGUAUUUUAUUUUUAUAGAGAUUUGUUUUUAUUUAUUCAUACAAAAACCGGGGUGUAGGCAGAGGUGUGGGGUGGGUGAGAGGAUUCACCAGAGUGAGUGGGAAGCAGAAUAGGUGGAUCUCCUGAGAUACACUGCUGAGGGGAGCAGCAGGUGAGACAGGAGAGGUCUGCUGGGUCAUAUGGGUUAGCUCCCUGGCCAGGAUCGAACUGUCCUCCUGUUGCAGUGGCUGAUGAUAACUUGAUAGGGCUGAGACUUUAACCCCUGCACCACGAGGGAGGCCCUGCAUUUAUAUUUUUAUUUCUUUUUUUUUUUUUUUUUUUUAAGAUUUAUUUACAAGAACUGGGGUACAGGUCAGAGGUGCGGGAGGGUGAGAGAAUUCACCAGAGACAGAGCAGGGAGCAGAACAGGCAGACAGACCAAAAACACUGCUGGAGGGAGCAGCAGGCGAGGUAGGAGAGGUCUGCUGCACCAUGUGGGUUUCUCCCUGGCGGACUGGGAAUCAAACCCGCACUGUAGAGGCUGCAGACAGCUUCACAGUGCAGUGCUCAACCUGCUGCGCCACCGGGGAGGCCCUGCAUAUAUAUUUUUAAACAGCAAAUGUGGAAUCAUAUUAGUUACGUUCUUCAUUUAGCAAUGUAAUUGUGAUAUAACCUUUAUUCUAAGUAUAAAAUUUAUGUCAGAAAACUUGCAAAAAUAAAAAUUACUAAUAAUCACAGAACAUGAAAACAACCACAGUUAAUAUUAUGGUUUAUUCACAACCCUUUUGCUAAAACUGUGAGGGUUACCUCAGUAAACCAAUUGUUCCUGGCUGGAAAUUCAGGUUUUCUCGUUUUCACUAUUGUAAAUCAUGCUUUAGUGAAUAUCUUUGUUUUUUCUUACUGUUUUAAGAUAAAUUUAUAUAUAAGAAUUACUGCAGCAGGAGACUGGACUCUUAAAGACUGUAUUUCCAUUUUGCUCUCUAAGAAGGUUGUGCUAGUUUGUUUCCACAAGUGCCUGUUUGGGUUUUUUGUUUCUUGUUUUUAAAGAUUAUUUAUGCAUACAAGAACUGGGGUACAGGCCAGAGGUGUGGGGGGUGAGAGGAUUCACCACAGAAAGAGUGGGAAACAGAACAGGCAGAUUGAAUGAAAUACACUGCUGACAGGAGCAGCGGGCGAGUCAGGAGAGGUCUGCUGCGCCAUGUGAGUAGCUCCCUGGCCAGCCAGGGAUCAAACUCAUGCUGCAGAUAUAUAUAGCUUCACAGUGCUGAGUUUAACCCCUUGCGCCACCAGGGAGGCCCCCAGUAUGUUUGUUUUGUUUUUUUUAAGCAUACUUCUGCUAGCACUAGAAGAUGAAUUUUUAAAAAUCCUUUAUCAACUGAUAGCCAGAAAUAUUUUUAUUGCUUCACUUUUAUUAUGAUAGUCAAGGUGAAACUUUUUUUAAUAUUUAGAUUAAUUAUUCAUAUAUGUGGAUUUAACUGCUUUCAUUUUUCUAUCCAGUUUUUUUUUUUUUUUUAAGUGAAUUGGAAGGGCACAUCUUACCAAUAUUUCCUCCAUUUUUUCACACAUCUUUUCCUUUUAUUUAUGGUGACUUUGUUUUGUUUUGCAUUUAGGAGCCUUUGGAGGGUUUAUGUAAUCAAAUCAGUCAUGCUAUGCCUUUGUAUUUUCUUUGUUUGCCUUUAGUGGUAGAUACCUCCUUCAUCACUCUUGGAACAGAAAAAUGUCUACCUAUGUUUUACUAAGACUCUGACUCUUUUUUUUAAAAGAUUUAUUUAUUUAUACAUAGAAGAACUGGGGUACAGGCCAGAGGUGUGGGGGGGGAAGAGGGUGAGAGGAUGCACCAGAGACAGAGUGAGGAACAGAACAGGAGGAUUGACUGAAAUAGACUGCCAAGGGGAGCAGCGGGCAAGUCAGGAGAGGUCUGCUAUGCCAUGUGGGUAGCUCCCUGGCCAGGGAUCGAACUCGUGCUGCAGUGGCUGGGGACAGCUUCAUAAGUUGCGUCUUAACCCCUUGCACCACCAGGGAGGCCCUCUUUUUGACAUUGUUUACAUUCAACACUUGAAUCUAUAUUGGUGUAUGAUAUGAGGUUUAAGGGCCUGUGUUUUAACAAAUAGUUGAGUUACUACAGAGUAACUCUUUGGCGAGAUUACUGGUAAACUCUAGCACUGCCUCUGAGGUGUCUGUGUUGGGAACAGGGACUCUAGCAGGGUGGGGCCUGGGAAGGGUUGUAUCUACUAUCCUAGACCCCAGCCUGGAAGGGGAGGAGAGGCACAGACAGGUAUGUGGCUCCUAGAGUGUUUCUCAAUACAGAUUCUAUAGGUGUUGGGGCCUUGAUAAGAAAUUUGGUUGUAGUUGUGGAGCUGAGACCUCGAUCUAGGUAAUUCAACCAGUAACAGGACAUUCCUCUGGACCUUACAUACUCUUCUGAGAAGGCAUCGAUUACUAGCACAGAUAGCUGAUCUCUUGAGUUUCAAAGACUUGAUUCUGUAGCUUUGCAUUUAGGUGUGAGCUUGGGUUGCUUGGACAGUAGACCUUAGUCCUUUCUGUGGGACACUGAUUGCAUUCGAGCCCUCUGCCCUGGGUAGGACCUUCCCUAUCAUCAGUAGCCCCCAACUUCCCGCUGCUCAACUGGCUCUGCACUCUCAUGGCAAGACUCCACCUCUCUCUACUCAUAUCUUUGCUCAGUCUCCCUCUGUCCUGAAUUAAUUUACUUUCAUAAAGCCAACUUUUUUUUCUUCAAAGGAAUAAUUGAAAUCCUCCUCAUUUCUCUUGUGCCUUUCCACUUUGAUCUACUUUCUCCUACCCAAGUCAUCCAUAGCUCCCACUCUAGCUGCAUAGCUUGACUAGCCUCUUUCGUUUCUCAGAAAAGCUCAGAGUACAGGACUCCUCCCUUUUUCCCCUCCCCCUGAACUGCAUUUCUUUGCUUAUUACUCAGUGUUCACACCCAGGGUGGUUGCUUGGAUAAAAAUCUGCCCCUUUAACCAGUCACUUUUUUUCAGGCUGGACAUAAAGUGAGGCAUGGCUAUCUACCCAGGCCCAGAAGCUCGUACAGUAAGUUAAGAAGCUCUAAAUUUUCAGAGUGGCCUGAGGUCUUAUAGUGUCCUCCAAGUUCUUCUGAGUACCCAGACCAUAAGCCUGAUUCACUUUCCUUACCUUCUCACUCAUCUGCUAAGCUUGUUUAUUGGGCACCACUAUGCAAAGUUAAUGAUUAUUCCUGUCUUCAUCCAGGAGGGGAGAAGUGAUCUCCUUACUAUCACCCAUUUCUGUGAGCUUUUCAAGGACUCUGAUCCUACUUUCCCAGGCUGGACUAUCCCACACAGUCAAAGGAGGAAUAGGCUGACACUAAGCAACUUUGUGACCAUGGAUAAGACACUGUCUUGGACCAGGUGAUCUCAACUCUUGAAGCUGUGACAUCAUGUGAGGCAAAGAAAAGGGAAAGGAUGUGAUGGAAAGGUGGAACUUGAUUGUACCAGUUUUGUAGGUUCAGGAGAACCCCUUUACUCACUGGGAAUAGAGGAAGGUAGGUGCUGACAGGUAGAAACCUUUGGCUCUUCAUUUAGGAUUUUACUUACUUAUCAAAGUAAGUAAAAAAUCUUGCUCAUUCAUUCACAGUGGGCUUGUCAGGAAUCAGGUUCAGUUGGUUAACCCAACCUUAAAUUCACUUAUUUCUUCUUGACCUUAGAAAAAUAGGAUUAUCGGGCAUCCCCAGUGAUGCAGCGGGUUCAGCGCAACACUGUGAAGCUGUCCACAGCCUCUGCAGCGCAGGUUUGAUUCCCGGCCGGCCAGGGAGAUACACACAUGGUGGCGACAGACCUCUCCUGUCUUGCCCGCGCCUCCCCUCAGCAGUGUUUUCAGUAGAUCUGCCUGUUCUGCUCCCCACUCUGUCUCUGGUGAAUUCUCUCACUCUCCCACACCUCUGGCCUGUACCCCAGUUCUUAUAUAAAUAAAUAAAUCUUUAUUUAAAAAAAAAAGAAAAUUAGGAUUAUCUGACAACCUAAAAUGAGUCAGCACCUUUAUGAGACUUUGUAAUCAGUAGUACAUCCUCUUGUGCUACAUCCAUUAUGGUGGUAGAGAGCAGAGCUACCUUUUGUAGGUAUUACUGUGGAACUGAGUUUAGCUCUGUGAUCUUUUACCCUCACCAAAGACCUUGUGACCUUGACUACAAGGAUAUCUAGCCCAGCUCCUGGCACA